AUGUCAAGUGCUUUUCCAUCAUUGAAUAGAAUCUCCCGUGAGAGGCUCAGUGCGCUGCUCUUGGUAGAGCCAACUGAUCAGAAAGUUGUUGUUGUUGAUGUGAGAGAUUCAGAUCACAUCGGUGGUCAUAUCAAAUCCUCACGUCAUGUUCCUUCAGAAACACUAGAUUACAGUGCACCAGACCUUGCACGUCAGCUCCAAGGGGCUGAGAAGGUUGUCUUUCACUGUGCCCUCUCACAGGUUCGCGGUCCUAGUGCCGCUGUGAAAUACCUCCGUGAGCGUGAAAGAUUAUUCGGAGCAGACUCGACAAUAAGGGUUACAACUGAGAAUAUUGAUGAUGAUGGAAAGCCAAAGGAAAGAGAUGAGGAUGGAAAAGUAAAAAAACAAGAGGUCUAUGUACUCACUGGGGGUUUUGUCGAAUGGCAGGAAAAGUACAUUUACAUCAAAUCCGAGGGUUCAGAGAUAAACCAGAAUACUAAUUGA